GAUGGCCUUAUUUAUUGAUUCUAAAGCAAAUAUAAAUGCUACUGCAGGGAAGUGAGUAUAUCAUAUAGAAAUCUUUGUUACUGGACAUCAACAGCAGGUCCCAAUUUUUCCAGAUGCGUUUAACAGAUUCAUGUUAAAAGAUGCAAGAAACCCUAAAUUUAUCUUUACUGGAAGAAACAUAUUUUGAAGAGUACUGUUUUCCUGAUUCUAAUAGCUCUUGUUCAAAAGCUUCUUACCAUGUAACUAUUAAGACUGUGUUAUAUUUUAUACUGGUGUUUGCAAUGACCAUUACAAUUCUAGGGAACUCUGUGGUCAUCAUCUCCAUAGCUCAUUUUAAACAACUUCAUACACCUACAAACAUUCUGGUGAUGUCUCUGGCACUGGUGGAUCUGCUUCUGGGAAUCACGGUCAUGCCGUUCAGCAUGAUCAGGUCUGUGGAUGGCUGCUGGUACUACAGUGAAGAAUUCUGUUUUUUACACUCUAGUUUUGACAUGUGCCUCACUGGUGCAUCAAUUUUCCAUCUGAUUUCUAUUGCAAUUGAUCGAUAUCAAGCUGUUUGUUAUCCACUUCAGUAUCCGACAAGAGUGACAAUACCUGUUGCAUGGUUUAUGGUAGCUGUGAGUUGGACUGCAUCUGUUGUCUACUCUUACACACUCCUUUAUUCAAAAGCAAACGUGGAGAAAUUAGACGAUUAUAUUGCAUCUAUAAGUUGCCUGGGAUAUUGUGGCCUUUUGUUCAAUGCACUAUGUGCAGCAUUGGAUGCAUGCAUUUGUUUCUUUCUACCAUGCUUUGUUAUGUUUUGUCUGUAUGCACAAAUAUUUUUUAUUUCCAAGAAACAUGCAAGAAAAAUUGCAGCUGUCAAGCAGAGCAAAAAUGACAUGAGCUUAAACAAGAUCUUGCAAAGAGUGAAACAUGAGAACAAAGCAGCAAAAACUCUUGGUAUUGUUGUAGGUGCCUUCAUUUCUUGCUGGAUGCCAUAUUUUCUUACCUCUCUACUCGACCCUUUUAUUAACUUUGCCACCCCGUCAGUUCUUUAUGACGUCUUUGUCUGGUUGGGUUACAUUAAUUCAACUUUAAACCCAAUCAUAUAUGGCCUUUUUUAUCCGUGGUUCAGAAAAACACUGUAUCUCAUUGUUACACUAAAAAUAUUUGGUUCACAUUCUUCUAAUAUGAAACUGUAA